AUGUGCUCCUUCUCCAGUGGGAGGUCCAUGCCUGUCACUGCUCUGAGGCUCUGGAGACACUGCGUGCAGGCCUGGGACACGCUCUCGUGGGACCCACCCGGUCAUGUGGGCGCCCUCAGCGCCCUGCACACGGGGCCAGGAAAGGGCCCGGUGGAAGGCCUGCCUCCCAAGGCCAAGGUUAAGGUCAAAGUGCCUCAAGCCAUGGACGGUGCAAGACAGGAGGAGGCUGGAGGAAAGCUGGCUGCUGGGUCCACUCGGGGGUCUCUGAGCCUCAUCCUGAAGAGCCGCCCCCGGGAGACCCCGAGAGCUCCCCCGGGAGCCGUCCCCGAAAGCCCCCGCGAGAGCCCCCCCGAGAGCCCCCCAAGAGCCGCCUCUAGAGAGCCGCCCCCCGGGAGCCCCCGCGAGAGCCCCCCCCGAGAGCCCCCCGGAGAGCCCCCCCCAAGAGCCGCCUCUAGAGAGCCGCCCCCGGGAGCCGCCCCGCGAGGGCCCCCCCGAAAGCCCCCCCCGAGAGCCCCCCAAGAGCCGCCUCUAGAGAGCCGCCCCCGGGAGCCGCCCCGCGAGGGCCCCCCCGAAAGCCCCCCCCCCAGAGCCCCCCAAGAGUCGCCUCUAGAGAGCCGCCCCCGGGAGCCCCCGCGAGAGCCCCCCCAGCCCCCCGGAGAGCCCCCUGGAGAGCCCCCCGGAGCCCCCCGCGAGAGCCCCCUGAAGGUCCCCCACCCCCCACCCCCCAGAGGCGCCCCUGCAGCACGCGGUGCCAGGGCCUGCCCAGGCACCCCCAGCCGUCUGCGGUGCGAGCCCAGAGCCGGAGCCGCGCCCACCUCGGGCGUCGCGGGCAGCGCCUGUGCCCAGCAGGCCAGCGCCCCGCGUGCCCGCAGCCCGUCCCGAGGCGCCCUGGCGGGGCCGGCCCUGCCGGGGGCUCUCGGCGCGGCGUCCGGCUCCUCCUGCCCCGCCGUCCCUCCGCGCCCGGCCGAGGGCUGGCCCUGCCGAGCCCCCGCCGCCGCCGGUGCCCACGUCCCUCCUGGCGCUGCCCGCGCGCCCCGUACUUAA